AUAUUAUGAGACGGGGAGCUUCAAAGCUGGCGUCAUCGGCGGAAGCAAGCCCAAAGUAGCGACACCUCUUGUAGUGGACGCCAUUGCGAACUACAAGCGUGAGAAUCCCACCAUGUUCGCGUGGGAGAUUCGGGAUCGACUCCUGGCUGAAGGCAUCUGUUCGCAAGACAAUGUUCCCAGCGUCUCCUCCAUAAAUAGGAUCGUCCGGAACAAGGCAGCAGAGAAGGCGAAGCAUGUCCACCACCAACAGCAACAGCAACAGCAGUCAGCCGCGGGGGUGACACAGCAGCAGCAGACUGGCUCCGUGUCUGUGAUCACGCACGCACCGGCUUCUUCAGUGCAAGCGCCGCCACAUCACUCCGGGGGGCACCACGACCCCCAGCGCCCCGGGGCGUACAGCAUCAACGGGAUCCUGGGCAUUCCUCAGCAGCAGCAGCAGCCGGACCCGAACGGUAACAGCAUCACGAAGCGCAAGAGAGAGGACCACCACACAGAUGAGAAUCGAGAUAUGAACGGCCAUCCGGAGGACGACAUCAAGAGGCAAAGAACACAGUACAACGGAGAUCAACUUUAUUCUAAUUUGUGGUCUAGUAAAUGGAGUAUAAAGGAUGAACACAAGUUGCUUUCGGAGCUCGGUAGUGGCGCCGCUAACGGUGGUUCUCCGUACUAUGAUGCGCAGACUGGAUUUCCGACGGUUACCACAACCUCCGACCUCUACGAGAGUAUCAGCACUAUGACGCAAGCGCAGAGCACGCCGGUGUACACCCCGCCCAUUGGAACAUCACUCGGGCCUGGCACACUCACGCCUCUAGCGCCAAUAACGCUGCAAGAGAUGAAACUCGAUCCCACCAUGGCGGCCUACCAGCAAGAGAGCAGCACUUAUAACGGGGUUAAUACGAGUACGGACGCUGCUGCCGCUGCUGGGUCGUCCCCAGGGCUCCCCUUCACAGCCGCCGCUUCGCCGUACUCCACAAUGCUGCCCGGCUUCGCGCACUACUCCACAGUAGGUGGCAGUGCUGUUGGAGGGGGUGUGGUUCCAGUCAGUGACUACUCAUACAGCUCACCAUAUUCCCAGUACACUACGUCCUAUGGCACGUAUGGCUAUGGCGCAGGCGGGUUACUCAAUUCCACCUACUACUAUGGGAACAGUGUUUCAUCUUGUUCUUCAUUAAACCAAAACUUAUUCCAAAGGGCAAGUUGUGCCCUGGAUGCUGAUACUGGGGUCGAGGCCAGAUCUCCAUUGGCGGCCACCAGAGCAAAUUCUGGUGCCAGUGCAGCCUCACCCACAGGAAGUGCGUGUAUGAAAGCUGACAUAAACUCCGCUGCGGCAGAAUUGCUCCUAGGCUGACAGAAUCAGGACUCCGUGAGAAAUUUCAGUAAUGUCACAUUGGAUCUCAGAAUGGAAGGCUAUGAAACCAAAGAUUGUCGACAGAAUCUGGAUGAAAUGAUGAUGUAACUAGUUAACAGGUGUUUGCUACAUUUGUUAAGUCAUGGGCCUGAAGAAUGAUGUUUUCAACUGUAUUUGAUAAAAGGAAACUUCACUUGUUACGAAUCGGUAAUAUUGCGAAGUUGAGAUUAAAUAUUUUACGUUACAUUCACAUUAUGUCAUUGCCUUGUACAUCGCCACAUUACAACGCAUCAAAGUAACUGGUAUUUUACAUUGAGUAGGUAAGAAGUACGUAAGGCAAACAUGUCUCUCUAGAUAAACUAUUAUAUAAAUUGGUUUUCCAGUGAUGAAUGUUUUCUUCAUUUCUAGAGAAUAUUAUAAAGUGGAACUGAUGUUGUGUUCCAGAACUUAUCUCGCCCUUCACCGAAUUACUCGUAUAAAAAAAAACAACAUACACGUCUGCUGUGAACUGUAAGUGCACAGAGUAAAGACAACGAUCACAGAUACUCAUCCGAAUUACUUUAAGUGGAACAAGGCAGUGACUAGAGUGAAAAUGGAGGAGUAGUGAGAUGUUUGUUUCAUGUGUUGCUAUGGAUACAAGAACAGCAUUGGCGUGGACUAAGUAAGAGUUAAGAAUCGCACAGACAUUUUUGUCCGAAUCACGUGACAUUUUAGAAGAGCGGAUGAAUGGAGAACAUAAACUCAAAAGUGAUAAACGUUUUUCAAUUUUUAUUUUAUUUUUUUGUAUACAGACAAAAAACCAAAGACUUUCUGAACCUCAUUUCACAUCACAAUAACGCAUAUGUGUACGGUUAGACUCGGACUUCUUUUUAAAAACAGUUUCAUAUCUGCACAUCGCAUGCCGACUUGUGCGUCGCUAAUUUAGCACGCAGGUUCGUGUAAGUAUGCAUAUCCCCUUUGUCCAUACAUGUAAGAGAGAAAAAAAAUGGCUAUAAUGGAGCAGAUAUAUCUUUCAGUUUCAUAGACUCAGUAAAAAAUAAAUUAAAAUAUAUUACAUUUGUAAUACAAAUAUUUCUUAUUUGUUCAAAUUCGUAACUGACGAAUUCAACAUUCGUUUUGAGACCGUAGUACCGAAUGAAUUUUUAAUCCUUUACAGGAAAAACAAACUAAAUAAUGUUUGAAGCUCGUUUCUGAUUUGCAAGACGACGCAUCAUAGUUAUGUUCGAAAGAGAAGUGGCUUAAAUAAAACUAUUAGCUGCUUAUUUUAGAAGUAAAAUAACAUUAUUUCAUUUUGAAUAUGAAAGUCCAAACUACUGACUGUUACGACAAGUGGUACACAUAGGUACCUGUACCAUAAAUGGUAUUAUUUGAAGCCAGAGUAGUAUGAUAUGUAUAUGAUACAGAGCUUUCAUGGCGACGAAGUACGAUAAAUUUUCUCGGGCUACCAGCCAUGUCAGGUAGUUGAAAGGUGAAGAAACGAACGUUCUGAGAACCAUCUUUUUCCACGUCAUCAGGGCACUGACGUACUUGCCUUUCAACCACCGGACAUGGCUGGUAGCCCAAGAAGAAUUUAUUAUAGUGUGGUAUGUAUUUUAACCCUUUCUAUGACAAAAGUUAUCUAAAUGAUAUCCAAAGUUUGUUUCUGGCCUUUAAGAAAACAAAAAUUGUGUGAGUAAUUUAAACAAAACAAAAUCCAUUUUUAUUCUAGAAACAAAACAUAAAGAAUUCACUUCAUGGUAAAAACAAAGAGUUCUUAAAUGGUCCACAUAGUUACCACUUAUCCUGUGAAGGGUUAAAUAUAUAUUUAUUGGAAAUUAUUAACAAAGAAGCCCACAAUAUGUAUAAAAAAAUGUUAUUUCCACUGGUUAUGUAAUUUUUUACUUUGUGCACUUUAUUUUAAUUAAAUCAUAACUUACUAAUAAAAUAAUAAAAGAAGUCGAGUCAACUUUUGAAGUUCUAUAAUUUAAAUGAUAAUUUAUUAGCAAGUUUUAUAAAGAUGGGCCUCUAAGAGUAUAAUAUUUUACAGAUUGAUAGAGCUUCAGAAAUGUGCAAUCUUUAUAUUUUUUAUACUUCAGAUUAUUUGACAAAGAAAUUAUUGGUGAAUUGUAAUGAAUGGACUGAAGUUGAAAGCAAGACAUUAAUCAGGUAAAUCACUAGGAAAACAAGGAACAAUAGUUUACAAAUCCUAGUCAAAGAGUAUGCACAUAGUACUCUUAAAGAGUGAAUGUCAAUAUAAAAGGAAGUCUUUUUCAAUAUGUUUUAUUUAUUUCCUUUUUUUCUUAUAAGAAAUGAAAGUGUAAUACAUUCUAACCAAAGAGGAAGGAAAAAAGUGUUAAGCAAUAUUAUUCCCAUGUUAUCUUCUUGCGAAGGUAAUAAUGUCAAAUUUAUUAUAGUUAUAUUUCUGAU